CACUACAACAGUACGGAUGUUAGGACGUAAUAAAUAACUAUUUACCUAUAGUAGAGACAUCUUGCAGAAUUUUAAGCGACAAUCAAAGAUGGCCACUCCAAUCAGUCAUAAAAGACUGUUAACCACAGAUCAAGAAGAUAGUUCCAAGAAGGUUAAGCUCGAGGUUGAUAGAAAAUCAAAGGGAAUCCAAGAAGUAGAUGUGGGAAUCACCAAAUAUUUGAAUGACUCCAAUUCCGGAAGCGGUGGAUUCUUUGGUACCAUCAAACAGAGAUACUCUGAUUUCUUGGUUAAUGAGAUUGAUACUAAUGGAAAAGUUGUUCAUUUAACCGAUGAAGGUAUUGACAUGGGUAAAUCUAAGAAGGAACGUAAUCUUGAAAAGAGACAACUGGAACGUGCUGAGUUACAAAACAAAACUCCAGAAGAAGUUGAGCAAAUCAAGGAUUUAAAGAAGGCCGAAGAAGAAAACAAGCCAAAAUAUGAAUUAAGUGAAGAAAACAAGACAAAACUCUUGGAACUUAUAACUGCUGAAGAAUUGGCUCAAAUUGAAGAAUUAUUUUCCACUGGUAAUAAUAUGGAAACCAAGACUACCUUCCCAGAAAAGCAAACUCGUGGUAAAUUACAUCAAUUGUUACGUGAAGGAUUCCAAGGUAAGCUUGAUUCUUUAACAUCUCCAGAAAAUACUUUCAGAGUUGCAUUAGCCAAGAACUCUUCCAAUCCAAGAAGAAGAAACCCACAAGAAAGUAUCAACCAUGUUGAUGAAAAUGGAGUUGUAAACUAUGGAUUAGGUGCAUUCAAAAAUUAUUUACAUUUUACUGUGUAUAAGGAAAAUAGAGAAACUAUGGAAAUUGCCUCCACUAUUUCCAAGUUUUUACGUAUUCCUUCCAAGAGUAUCAGAUACGGUGGUACUAAGGACCGUAGAGGUGUUACUUGUCAAAGAUUUUCCAUUCAGAAGGGUAAAGUUGCUAGAGUCAGUUCAUUGAACAAGGGAUUGAAGGGAUCUGUCUUGGGUGGAUUCACAUACGAAGAUAAGCCUUUGAGUUUAGGUGAAUUAGAAGGUAAUGAGUUUGUCAUUACCAUUAGAGAUGCAAAGACUCUUAAUGAAUCUGACAAACUUGAAGAAGUAGUUGAACAAUGUUUCGAAUCAUUGCAAGGUAAAGGAUAUAUCAAUUACUAUGGUAUGCAAAGAUUUGGUACAUUUUCAAUUUCCACCCAUGUUCUCGGAAUUAAGAUUUUACAAGAAGACUGGAAGGGAACUGUAGAACUCAUUCUUUCAGAACAAGAUAUUGUCACUCCUGAUUCUAUUGAAGCUCGUAGAGUAUGGGCCGAAACUCAUGACCCAAGUUUAACCAUUAGAAAGAUGCCACGUCGUUGUACCGCUGAACAUUCCAUUUUGAGCACUUUGGAACGUGAAAAGGUCAAUGAAGAUGGUGACUACAGUUCUAAUUCAUACUUUAAGAGUAUCAUGGCCAUUCCUAGAAACUUGAGAAUCAUGUAUGCUCAUGCUUACCAAUCUUAUGUUUGGAAUCAAGUAACUUCCAAAAGAAUUGAAAUGUUUGGGCUUGAAGUACAAGUUGGGGAUUUGGUAAUUGCCGAGAAAACCGAGGAAGAAUCUAAUUUAGAUGACGUUGAUGAUUUCCAAGAAGAUAUUGCUGUCGAUAAGUUUGUUAGAGCUAAGGCAUUGACCAAGGAAGAUGUUGAAAGUGGGAAAUACUCCAUUUAUGAUAUUGUAUUACCAAUGCCAGGUUUUGAUAUCUUAUAUCCUACCAACGAAGAAUUAUCGCAAGUCUAUGUGGAUGUUAUGAAGAAGGAUGGAUUAGAUCCUCAUAACAUGGCUAGAAAAGUUCGUGAAUUCUCUUUAGCUGGAUCUUACAGAAAGAUUGUUUGUAAGCCGGAAAGCUUAUCUUACGAACUUGUCAAAUAUACUGAUGAUUUCCAACCUUUGGUCAGAACUGACUUGGAACUUUUGAGAAUGAAGAAGGAAGCAGAAUCUAAGGGUGAAGAGUACGUUGAAAAGAGAACUAUUGAUGCUGUUAUCGAAGAAGGUAAACCAGAAAAGACUGCCGUUGUAUUGAAGAUUCAACUUGGUGUAAGUUCAUAUGCUACCAUGGCAUUGAGAGAAUUUAUGAAGGCUGACACAUCUAGACUCAGUGACAACUUGAAUGUCCGUGAAGACAAAUAAAUAUGUAAUUUUAAAAUAUAAAUAAGACA